AGAGAAAUAGCUAAUCAUUUACUUCUUUGUUAGGUUGCAGCCUUCAUGUAGAAGACAAGAAGUACUCCCUACUUUUAGUUUAGUUUGUAGUUUGUACGACUAGAUAGAGUGCAUAAUAAAGUAGUUUAUUAAUUAUUCAGGGUCACUAUUAUGGCAACCAUGACUAAGCCAGAUCUCCGAUACUCAAUAUUGUCGUCGCAUCUUCUCCUGUCUUGCACGCUAGCCGUGCUUUUCUCCCCCCAACUCUGUCGCUGCUUCCAAGUCGAAUUCGACUAUUUCAACGAGUCGGCGGCAGUAGCAACCGGUGGUGGUUGGCUUCCGGCCAAAGCAACAUGGUACGGCAGCCCUAAUGGUGCCGGAAGUGACGGAGGAGCUUGUGGGUACGGUAACCUGGUAUCGCAAUCGCCAUUUUCUUCCUUCAUCACCGGAAUGGGACCUUCCCUUUACAAAUCCGGCCAAGGAUGUGGCGCUUGUUACCUGGUGAAAUGUAGCAAGUAUCAGAAUCGGGCGUGCUCCGGCAUUCCGGUGAGAGUGGUGAUAACAGAUUUCUGCCCCGGAGGUCCAUGCCUCACCGAUUCAACUCAUUUUGACCUUAGCGGAACGGCUUUCGGCGGCAUGGCUGUUCGCGGACAAGAAGCUAGACUUCGUAACGCUGGAGUUCUGUCAAUCACUUAUUCACGAGUCCAAUGCAACUACGGGAGAACGCCAAUUGCAUUCCGAGUGGAUCAGGGAUCGAACCCUUUCUACUUGGCGGUGUCGAUCCAGUUCCAAGAAGGAGACGGCGAUCUCGGCGGAGUGGCUCUGAUGCAGUCAUACAGUAGACUCGGAUGGCAGCCCAUGCGACACUCCUGGGGCACUGUCUGGGUGCUUAACUCAGGCCCACGCUUGCGCGGCCCAUUUUCUAUCAGAUUAACCUCACUGUCCACCAGGCAGGUCCUGGUGGCCAGAAAUGUGAUUCCCGCAGCAUGGAGGCCAGGUGCAACUUACAGAUCUUCUGUCAAUUUCCUCUGAAUUUCUUUCACAAGUUGCCACUUUGAGCUGAUUGAUCAUCGUUACAGUUUUAUGUCAUACGAAAUUGGACGGUGAUAUAUGUGUGUAUCUGUGUGUAAGGUUGAUGUUAUGUUUAAGGUUCAUGUAAUAAUUAGUUUAUAGUGUGUUGCGUUUGUCAAGCGUCACAAAAGUCCCGACUCACCCUGAGUUCAAGCGGGUCUAGCUGGAAGUCUGGAACUUAUUCAGUAUUCCCUUCAGCCUAGUUUUCCCUGAAAAGAUUUACUAGAAAAUACUAUUUGAUGCGUCAGUGGGCCUGUUUGGUAAAAAAUAUUGCAGGCCCAGAUGUUUGGAUCCGGUGUUUAUAGCCUGUGAUCUUACGAAUAUAUCUUGUACUACUAUGGCUAUUGCCAUUCAAAAUCGUAAUUACAUGCCAAUUUGUGUUAUAAUUAUACUAGAUGUUUGGCCAGG